AUGGCCACCAUCGAACCGCAACCGCCUGAAAGCGCCCUCGACGCGCGGGUCGAAGACUACCUCGAAGAUAAGCUGCAGUCGGCCGCUGACCUCGACGCUCUGGACGCGCUGCUGGACACGGUCGAGCUGCAGCGCACGCAGCUCGAGGCGCAGCUUGACGCCGCGGUGCGGGAGCUCGACCUCGCGCGCCGCACGACCGACGACCGCCAUGGUCUGAUUCAGGAGCGCAUUGCCGAAUUCCGCGCGCUCCAGGCCGAUAUCGACGAGCGCGUGCGCGCGACCGCGGCGUCGGACGCGCCCGCCGAGGCCAUUGCCCGUUUGCAGCGGCCGAUGCAGAAGCGCAAGGCCGUCGAGCUCGCGCGAAAAUAUCUCGUGCUGCUGCAGGACGUCGAGCGGCUGCGGGGAGAGGCCACAGUGCACCUGCCCGGCAGUCCCAAGGCCGCGCUGGAGCCGUAUGCGCAAUUGAAGGAGCUGGCGCUCAAGCUGCGCGGCCUGCCAGGUAGCGAAGAGCUGCACCUCGUGAGCCACGUCGAGGCCGUGACGGAAAAUCUGUGGGCCGAGAUGAAGAAAAUUAUGUCGGACGAGCUGGAGGCGGUGCUCAAGAAGCGCGGCUGGCCGCGGGUUGACCCGCAGUCGGAGAUGGACGACGAAUGGAUUGUGUGUGUUGAGAAGCUGGUCGACAUUCAGAUGCCUGAGAUUAUUCACAGCCCAGAAGUGGUGCCACUGCUGCCGGUGGAUGUCAUGGCGCACAUUUUCGUGGCGGAAUUCCGAUUUCAUUUCCUAAGCGACAAGCCGACGAGCAAGCCGCAGUCCAUGGGCAGCCACUGCUUCCCGUGGUUUCUGUCAAUAAUCGAAAGGUGGGAGGAUUUCUUCCGCGAUAACCUGGCACCUGUACUAGCUGCCAAAUUCCAUGAUACCCCCGUGGCGGAGAAGACUGUCUAUGCCGACCCCGUCUGCGCGCUAAUUACGUCCAUGCUCAUGGUGAUGCAAGAAAAGGUUCACGCCGUCGCACAAGAAGCUGUUGGCAACACGCCAUUCCUGAGCACCUUCAUCGGCCAGCUCAUCAAUUUUGACGACACGAUUCGGUCGCGUUUCAGCUACGACGGCGGCGACGCGGAAAAUGGAUGGUCGGGGCUCACGACCGAGGUUCUCGCCGUCCACUUUGAGGUCUGGUUUGAAGCAGAACGCAAGUUUGCGCUCGAACGAUUUGAGACGAUCCUUGAGGCGCCAGACGCGCGUAAAAUUGACUACGACUACGCUGUGGCGGGCAAGAUGAAGCCGACGUUUGCGGCGGUGCGCGUGGCGGAUCUGCUGCGCACCAUUACGACCAAAUACGAGAGACUACGCUCGUUGAAACACAAGGUGCGGUUUUUGACGCGUAUUCAGCUGGAUAUCUUGGAUGGCUACCACGAGCGGCUUAAGGGAUCGCUCGAGGCAUACCAGUCCAUGACGUCGGCGCUGGGUCGCACACUGCACGGUACGACAAAAGAGCAACUCGCUGCACUGGAGGGAUUGGGUGCUCUCGAGACGCUGUGCAAGGUCAUUGGCAGUUCAGAUCACAUUGUGAAUGCUUUGACAGAAUGGGGUGACGAAGAGUUCUUCACCGAGCUGUGGGACGAGCUGCAGACAGCGUCUGGGUCGGGCAGCAGCAGUGAAUUAGACGGGGAACAGGAUAUUACCAGCUCUUCGGGCCACAACGGCGCCAUCUUUGACGAGACUAUUGCGGCGUACAGCAGCCGUCGCAAGGCUGCCGAAGAGAUUCUGGUGUCGACGCUGGCGGACGCGCAGUCAAAGGCGUUUCGCGCCUACACACAACGGCCGCAGUGGACGACAAUCGGCGAUGCCGACACAUUGGACCCUUCGCAAUUAUCAAUCACCGCUGAACUAGACCUCCCGCUUUCAAAGCUCAAGGAAAGCUUUGACUUUUUGCACCGCGCUCUCUCCGGCGCCUCGUACCGCCGGGUGUGGCACGGCGCCCUCGACAAGCUCCAGGACCUGCUCUGGAACGGCGUCCUCAUGAAGCACCAGUUCACGACGCUUGGCGCCGUCCAGUUUGCGCACGACGGCCAAGCCCUCGCCGCCGUCAUUGAGCGGCAUCUGCCGGGGGGCUCGUCGGCGCUGGAAGAGCUCCGCGAGGCCAUGGAGCUGCUGCGGCUACCUAUCACGCUGCCAGACGAGAUGAGCGGCGGCGGCGGCGUGACGCUCGGGCAGGCCAGUGAGCGCGCGUUUACGGAUAAUGACGCUGCGAGGACGCUGCUGGAGGAGAUGCAGCUGCACAGCCUGACGCCGGCGAAUGCGCGCCAGGUGCUGCAGCGGCGGGUAGAGAAUAACGAGAAUACGGGCUGGUAG